AUACGCUAAAGUGCAUCACUUCCGGUUUGGCAUGCGCAGAGAUAUUCGGCAAUAGUUAUUUAUGAGAGUUCAUACAUCAAGGAACGAAAUGUCAAAAUUAGUGAUUUUCGUGUUAUCUUUUGUUGGGUUAGUGCAGUGCCAAGAAUUGCCGACCCUGCAAAUUUAUCCUCAUUUGACCAAGAUUGCAAUUUUGGAAGGUGCUGAGCUGAAACUAGACUGCGUUCACACCUAUCGAGAAGGCUCCACAUCAGAAAUGGUAUCAUUUGUCAAGGGCAAUGUGACUGUAGCAGUUACGAACAGCGAGGGAUAUGUUAUAACAACUUCAAGCUCUGUAAAACCCGAUGAUCCCAGUGUAACUAUUACUACAAAGACUCUGAAAAAGAAUGUAACCGUCGAUGCCGAUGAAGGUACCUUCGAAUGUAGCCUAAAUAACCCAACAAGCAGAUCUCCGAUCGAUGUUGUUAUAGUCCAAAUUAAACAAAAAGAUGCCAUUUUCAAUGCAUCUCUACCUGCUCAUCUGACCUGUUAUCUUGAUGGAUGGAAGUAUGGCAUGGAGUUAAGUUGGGCACGGGUCAUGGACAAAGGUCCUGAUCAGGCUCUUGUUGCCGGAAACAAAUACCAGAUAAUACCAGAGAACGGAACCCUGGUCAUCAACACUCCUACCAGGGAUGAUUUGGGAGAGUAUAAGUGCAUGGUGACUUUCUACCCUUCAUCAACCACGGACAAGCAUGUCAUCACACCAAAACCAGUAGCUUUGCGCGGUGGCCCUGUGAUCGUAUCCAGCGACAACAGCAAGAACAUGGUGGAGGGUGACAAACUGGAGCUCAAGUGUAAAGCCACAGGCUUCCCGAAGCCUACCAUGAAGUGGUACAAGGAUGGCAAGGAGCUAAACACAACUGUCAGGCUACACUUCAGUGAAUAUGAGGAAAUCACUACAGGGAAACUCAUCAUCUUCGAUCUCACCUACGAUGACGCUGGCUUAUACUCAUGUGUUGCGGAAAACAACAUUGAACCGAACAAUGCCUCUAAAGUCAUGGAGCUGCGUGUUAAAGACAAGCUUGCCGCUCUCUGGCCAUUCCUGGGUAUUGUGGCUGAGGUGGUGGUCCUGUGUGUCAUCAUUCUGCUGUACGAGAAGAGACGAAGCAAGAAGCUUGCAGAGGAGGAUGAGGCUGUUGACGGAACUGACGAGACAACACCAGGAGACAGCAAGGAAGUGCGACACAGGCGGACGUAGAUAGCAGACAGGUCGGGUGCUGGACCGAGGACACUCCUACAUUUCCAGGGCUGACUGCAGAAACUAGCCAUCUCUCUUGUCAAUCCAGCGUGGGGUAGAUUAUGCAGGAUUUGUGUAGCCUAAAUUUCUUGAGAACAUUGAUGUUACCAUGCACAUUUUCUGUAGUCAGCACAAAUAUAUCAAUUUAAUUACUUUAUUAACUAUUAGGAAUCUUUUUGAGACUUACUUUAGCAUUUUUUCUCAACACCUUAAACUUAUGCACACUUCAUGGUUUGUUUUGGAAAAUCAUUUUUAUUGAUUUAAUUAAACAAGUACAACAUUAAGUACAAUAAUGAAAAAAAUCCUAAGAUUGUUUGAAAUUAUAAAACACGAUUUUGAAAAAGAGAGAAAAGUUUUGUCUUAAAUACCUACUAAAAUAUUAAGCCUUCUUUAGCAUUUUUUAUAUGUAUAAAAUCAGUCUCAAUAUAAUUCAAAGUGCCAUUUCAUGAAACUUCAAAGUUGAAAUAUACUGAAAAAUUCAGAUCAAUUCACUUUUGACAAACGUGGUAUAAUGUUUACAUUCUAAAUGAAAUUUAUUUGACUUAAUGGGAAAUAAGUGUUGAUACAAUUUUGAGUGGCUUCAAAGUACCUAUGAUGUUUGUGGGCAAGUUUAAAGUUUGUUUGUAUUGCAGAAUUGAGGUGAAAUAUAUAAACAAUGAAUGUAAAUAUACACAUAUUAGGUGUUGAGUGUUAUCAUUUCAUUUGUAAUAAAAAGUGUUGUUUGCUGGAAUGUUUGCAUUGAUCUUUUGGCAGGGCAUACUAAUGUCAUCUAUUCUUGGGCCCCCUCCCCCCACCCCUCCACUGAUUUAAAAUGUAUCUUUGAAUCUUUAUUUUUUAGUAAAGCAAGUAUUUUUCCUGUUAAAAACACAAUUAUUAAUAUUAAAAACAACACAAUAUUCAUUAUUUUAAGUAAAUUCAAACAUCAUAUUACUCCUGUCAAUAAAUAUUCGUACAAAUCUCCCACUUCAAUGGGACCCAAACCCAUUCACUGAGGAGGGAGAAUAUGCCCUGCUUGAUACAUGUGUGUGACUUUUGUUUGAUUGAUUUGUAAUAUAUAUUGUUUUCUUGAGCCAUGUUACCUCUCAUAAGCAAAAAUUGUAGGUAACUUAGUUUGAUUAUAGACGUUGUCCUGUUGAACACAUUGUAGGAUGUACCAUUAAUGUAAGCUCUUUAAUGUUGUGAUAAAAAUAUAGGAUUUUAAUAUUGACGUGUUUUUGUUAACAAUUUGUAUUUUAUUACUUAUAUUUUCUAAAAUUUUCACCUGAAAACGUGUGUUACUAAAGCAUUUCCAGCUUUUACUUCUUUUUGGAAAUUUCAUCUAUGAUUUGAAAUCAAAUAUAAAUUGAUCAAUUUAAUUCUUAUGACAAAAAUGGCUCGAAGUUAACAUUAAUUAAUUUUUCUACUCUUGGAAAAUCUUACAAUGAAACUUAGGGCAUUUAUUCCAGUAAUUUUCUCUAUGGAGAUUCACAUUCUUGUAAGUAUUGUGAGUGAUAUUACAGGUUUCUUCCAUGCCCAAGGGCAGAAGUGUUUGUUGCUUAAUAAUCUGCUUUCUUUUUUUUUUUGCUUUGUGUAAUGUUUAAACAUGUUUUUAUAUAAUUUGUGUGGAAACUUACACAAAACCUUACUUGAUAUUCAAUGGGUGUAGUCGAGGUACAGAAAAUGAAUUAACUGUUGACGCAAUUUCUACUUUUCUAAAAUCCCCAUAAAUUGUUUGUGUGUUAGUGUUAUUGUUGUUCGUUUUAUUUUAUAUGAAUGUCGUUAACCGGUAUACAAAUACAUAAAUUGAACGAUAUUAUUUUAUUGCCAUUUAGUUUAGCUUAUCCAAAUGUUAAUGAGCAUAUUCUCUUAUUCCUUUUGUGUUUUCUUACUAGACCGUAUGGCAUGGUUUUUACUGAACAGACUUUCCAAUUUAGUGUGAUAUAGAUGCUGAAAGCUGCUGAAACCGCAUUGUUAAGUUACAUUUUUUACAGAUGAAAGUAAGAAGUUUUGUCUCUCUUAAUUUUGUUUUGAUAAAUAGAUGCCUAAAUUAUCUUAGCGUUUUAAUGCAUGUUCAUUUUGAUUGUUUCUUAGAUUUGCUUUAUGUUUUUAUUUCAUUUUUUUCUUAGCUUGAUCCACUAAUUGUAUUUGUUUAAUAUAGGCAGACAACCAAAUCAGUGUUUAUGUACAUAGAAACUAUAAGAUAGAUUGCAAAUCUUAUUAAAAUUUCCCACACCAUA